GCACAACCCGGCGACCCCGGCGACCCCGGCUGCCUCGGCCACCAUGCCGCGCUCCUUUCUCGUCAGGAAGUCCGCCGCCUCCCGCCGGAGGCCCAACUAUAGCGAGCUGCACGACUCUUCUCCAGAGUUCACCUUCCAGCAGCCCUACGACCAGGCCCACCUGCUGGCAGCCAUCCCUCCUCCAGAGGUCCUCAACCCCACCGCCUCACUGCCCACGCUCAUCUGGGACUCUCUCCUAGCACCCCAAGCCCAGCCCAUCGGCUGGGCCUCCCUUCUGCCCCAGGAGAUCCCCAAAGCUGUGGAGCUGACCUCCCUGUCGGAUGAAGACAGUGGGAAAGGCUCCCAGCCCCCCAGCCCGCCCUCACCAACUCCUUCGUCCUUCUCUUCCACCUCAGCCUCCUCCCUGGAGGCCGAGGGUUAUGCUGCCUUCCCUGGCUUGGGCCAGUUGCCCAAGCAGCUGGCCGGGCUCUCUGUGGUCAAGGACCCCCAGUCUCGAAAGGCCUUCAAUUGCAAAUACUGCAACAAGGAAUACAUCAGCCUGGGUGCCCUGAAGAUGCACAUCCGCAGCCACACGCUGCCCUGCGUCUGUGAUACCUGCGGGAAGGCCUUCUCCAGGCCCUGGCUGCUGCAGGGCCACGUCCGCACCCACACAGGUGAGAAGCCCUUCUCCUGCUCCCACUGCAGCCGCGCCUUCGCCGACCGCUCCAACCUGCGGGCCCACCUGCAGACCCACUCGGACGUGAAGAAGUACCAGUGCCAGGCGUGCUCCCGGACCUUCUCCCGCAUGUCCCUGCUCCACAAACACCAGGAGUCGGGCUGCUCGGGGGGUCCCCGCUGACCCUUUGGGGCUCCUCCCACCUCUACAGAACCCUCACCAGCGGCCUCCCCCCACUCCGGAAGGAAGGGACCCCGCAUCCUUCUCAUGGCCACCAAAUUUCCUUCAGAGCUCCCGCUUCUGGCUGUGUUGACCCCACAGGACUCUGAGGACCAUUUUCCAGGUCCUUCUCUCUUCUUGGGGUGCCUCAGAGGGCUGAGAAAGAGGCCCUCAAUGGACAGCUGACGGCGUGUGCCUUGCUGCAGAGACCCCUCCUGGCACCCACCGCUCCGAAACAUUCUUGAGUUGGGGUCUGUGUAUCCCAAGUUUGGAUAUAGCUGCUUUCGGCUACAGGACAAAAGCUGACAGACUAGGAGGCUCCCGUCCCACUCAGGGGACCCCACUUCCCCCCACCCAGGAACUCUCAGGCCACCCCUCCAGGAGGUGACUGACUAUGCAAUAAUCCACCCCCAGGUGCCAGUGGAGUGGGGGCGGCCACUGACACAGGACAUGUCUAGACCCCGGGAUGCCCCGGCCCGGGCCGCCAUCUCAGCCUCCUGUUUGUCUGGGUGGCACCUGUUUCACGGGCAAUUUAACAACGUCUCAAAAGGGACUGUGAGUAAUUGCUGUCACUUGUCAGGGGCCCGGGUGGGGCGCUUUGGCCAGACCAAUGUGUCUCCCAGAACUAUUUCGGGGCCCUGACAGGUGAGCCUGGGAAGAUGUUUACACUUUUAAAGGUACACUGGUAUUUAUAUUGCAAGCAACAUUUUGUA